AUGGCCGAUGCCGCCGCACCGCCCGCUGCCUUCACUACGACGGCUGAGGACGCCGCGCCGCCUGGCGCAGCGUGGCUGUUGGCCCGCGGCCUGCUCUCGCUGGCCGUGCCCGUGUUCCCCGCCGGCUCCGAGGUGCCAUUCGGGCCCGUGCCCCUGCAGGACGUGCUGCUGUCCCUGGCGGUCGCGACUGCCGUGUGCUCGGCCGCAGGCUACUACCUGACAAGGUGCAGGGCGCUGCUCCGCCUGCGGGAGCUGCUGCCCCGCCACGCGGACCUGCGGGACGAGGCCUUCGAAGACGGGGCCCACCUGGCCGCCGCGGGCGAGCCGCACGAGGAGGGCGCAGCCUCGCUGGAGGAGGCCGGCUGCGGUGGCGGGGCGAAGAGGCCCCGGGCCCCGCGCCGGCGAACGGUCGCCGAGCUGCUGUUUAUCUCGAGGGAGCCGAGAGCGGGGGGGGGCAGUCCUCGUCGUGCUCCUGCCUCACGUGGAAGCUGGAAAAAGUGA